AUGUCCACCGUCACAGGACAAGAUAGCUUACCUGACUCGAAAGACGCGAAUUUACCUGGAUACUGUUUGUUUGUUGCGUUUGUUUCUGCUCUUUCCUCGUUUCAGAAUGGAUGGAAUACUAGUGUUACCAAUGUGCCUG